AUGCACACACCAAAUACGUCAUCGCUUGCACCAAACAGCACAAAUGAGCCUCUGUCGAACUGUACCUCCGACUCACCAGACCCCGGCAGCUUCUCCCAACUCACGUCGGAAAUAAAGCUCUUGCGCGACGAUGUCGGUGACCUUAAAUCCAAUAUUAAAAUGCUAACAGAUCUCUUGAUUCAAUGUAAUCAGCGAUUAGAACUAUCUGAGAAGAGAGUAACUGAGGCCGAAACCAAAAUUCAAUGCUUGGAGAAACAAGUUAACGAAAUACCGGUGCUAAAGGCCACAAUACAACAACUCAGCGAGCAAGUACAGUCUCACACUAAAACUAACCUGAAGAACCAAGUCGAGAUAAUUGGUAUCAAUGAAACUCCUAACGAAAAUCCCGUACAUACAAUACUUACAGUAGCUGUGAAGUUAGGUGUCGAUCUUCAAGACACUGACAUAGACUACGUAACUAGAUCUGGCCCUCGCUUCAACAAUAACUCCGAGAAAACUUCUAGUUCAGCCCAUGAUAACCAGCCGCGCCCCCUUGUUGUUAAAUUUCUCAGAAACAACAAACGAAACGAAUUUCUUCGCGCCGGGAAAACUAGACGCAACAUCUCCAGUGAAAAUCUGGAUAUACCAGGCCCACGCAGAACCAUAUACUUCAAUGAGCGGCUCACCAAAGAGGACAGGCAGUUAUUUCGUGCGGCCAGGCUACGUACCAAAGAUUGUGAGUACAAGUACUGCUGGAUUAAGAACGGAACGGUUAAUAUUCGCAAAAAGGAAGGGAACCCUGCUAUCGCUAUCAAGACCAUGGACGACCUGGAGCGCCACUGCCCCACUACAACAGCACAACUUAAUGGAUAA